AUGUACACCCCGUCGGUGGUCGCCUUCACGGCGGCCCUCUUGGCGACGGCGACAGCUCAAUCCUCCAAUCCUACAGUAUGGGCUUCGGUCGCCCUCAUGAUGCACGGCGAGCGUACGCCUCUACGCAGCGAACUCUCCGACGUCUUGACUCCCCGAGGAGCCCAACAACUGUAUGCCCAAGGAAACGCAUUUAGGACUCGCUACCUCUCUGGCAUCACCCCCACCAACUCGUCCGAGAGCCGGGUCACCUCCCGCGCCCCAAUCCGAGACAUUGCCCCCAAUGUUGUCGACCACGCCCAGCUCCAUAUCCUCUCGGUCCCUGAUGCGCACGUUGUUGCCGGCGCGCAGGCAUUCAUGCAGGCGCUCUACCCGCCCAUCAGUCACACAUUCUCGGUAGACACUGGCGGAUCAAAUGUUUCGUUCUCGACGACUUCAGGGAACUACACCGAGUACCCUCUGGACGGCUACCAAUACCCUGUCAUCCAGACUGCUGGCUACUUGGACCAGAGGUCAAUUGGCCUCCGAGGCAACACAGAGUGCACGCAAUGGCAGGUCUCGACGCAGGUCGACAUGACGCGCGACCCAGACAUGCUCAAGCUCUACAACUCUACCAAAGCCAAGUACCAGUCCUUCUUCACCACCCCACCCCUCAACGACGGCGUCUACUCCCUCGCAAACGCCAACUUCUGGGACGCCUACAACAUCUGGGACUACAUCCGCUACCGCUACUCGCACGAAGAGGCCGUCUACAACGCCCUGAUGGACGCCUACGUCAAGGACGGCCAGUUCCUCCAGGUCUACAGCAGACAGCAGCAGCUGGCCCUGUACUCGGACCAGAAGCCUUCCGGCCUGGCCAAGGGCGACAUGAUCCGGACGGUGGCCGGUAUGUCGUUCGCCAAGCAGGUUGUGGACGCGCUCAAAGCCAACGGCAACUUUGGCGGUUACUCGCGCAAGCUGACGCUGCUCUUCAGCUCCCAAGAGCCCUUCCUGUCCUUCUUCUCCCUCGCCCAGCUCCAGCAGGGCAACACGUCGCUCUCCAGCCCCUUCUGGAACGUCCCCGAGCCCGGCGCCGCCAUGGUCUUCGAGCUGAUCGGCGACGAGCCCGGCCGCCCCGACUCCUACCCCAAGGACAGCAACCUCUACGUGCGGUUCCUGUACCGCAAGAAUGCCGACCCGGGAACCGCCUUCGAGGAGUACGCCCUCUUCGGCUCACCCGCCGCCGAGCCGCGCGUGACUUUUAGCUAUUUCAAGCAGGAGAUGCUCAAGUUCGGCGUCGACGUGGCGACCUGGUGCAGCAUGUGCGCGUCCUCGCAGCCCUUCUGCAGCGUGCGGAGCACCGAGGCGCCCACGAUCGGCGCAACGACCCGCGCGGUCGUGAGGAAGCCAUACGUCGCAGGAAUAAUCGGCGGAGCGAUCGUGCUCGCCGUUCUCGGCCUCGUGGUCGCGGCGUUCGUCUUGGCCGGCUUCCGGAUCCGGCGCAUGGGCAAGGAGGACAACAAAGACGGCCACCAACCCGCAGCCAGCCUUGGCGGGUUCAAGGCUGCGGAGAAGAUGGCCAGCGAUCCCGAUCUGUCCGUCUCCAAGCGCGGCGUUCCGCACGAAAGGCACGGGAGCUGGGAGCUGCGGGAGGGGAGGGAUGUGGUGACGGGGGUUCAUGGGGCGGGCAUCAGCGUGGACAAGAGCAGCUCGGCCAGCAGCGUGCAUAGCAAGGACCUGGAUGAUGAUGGCGCGAGCGUGAUGGGGGCGUCGCCGGUGACUCCGAGGGAGAGCGUCUGA